AUUUCAGCGACAUCGGGAAGCCAUACUUGCUUCCAGCUCCUAAAAUUUCCCAGCAUCUCGACCCUUCCUCCCGACCACCCAAACUCGACCCAGCUUGCCAUUGAGACGACACCAUACCAAAAUGUGCGGAGAUAACGGAAGCAACGGCACCAACGGCGCCAACGGCGCCAAUGGCGUCUCGAACGGUGGCUCAAACAACAGUAAUGUUUGUUCCAACCCUGUUGCAGUGUCGCAGUCCCCGCCGUGAACCGACGAUGCUGACUUUACCCCUCGUCCAGGCCAACUUCCGGUCGAACCCCUACCAACCCGUGGGCGACUUCCUGUCAAAUGUUUCCAAUUUCAAGAUUAUCGAGUCGACUCUUCGGGAGGGUGAACAAUUCGCAAAUGCCUACUUCGAUACCGAGACCAAGAUCAAGAUUGCCAAGGCCCUUGACGCUUUUGGAGUGGACUAUAUUGAAUUGACUUCGCCCGCCGCGUCUGAGCAGUCGCGCAAGGACUGCGAGGCCAUCUGCAAGCUUGGACUCAAGGCCAAGAUUCUGACUCAUGUCCGCUGUGAUAUGCGUGAUGCCAGAAUGGCCGUCGAGACCGGUGUCGAUGGCUUGGACGUUGUUAUCGGCACAUCGAGCUUUCUCCGCGAGCACAGCCAUGGCAAAGACAUGGCGUACAUUGAGAAGACGGCCAUCGAAGUGAUCGAGUACGUCAAGUCCCAGGGGCUCGAGGUUCGGUUCUCAAGCGAGGAUUCGUUCCGAUCAGACCUCGUCGACCUCCUGUCCCUCUACCGGGCAGUCGACAAGGUCGGCGUUCACCGCGUUGGCAUCGCCGACACCGUUGGCUGCGCUAGCCCUCGCCAAGUCUAUGACCUCGUUCGGACACUUAGGGGUGUAGUCUCUUGCGAUAUCGAAACGCACUUCCACAACGAUACCGGCUGCAGUAUCGCUAACGCCUACUGCGCUCUGGAAGCUGGUGCAACACAUAUCGAUACUAGCGUGCUUGGAAUCGGUGAGCGUAACGGCAUUACGCCUCUCGGCGGUCUGAUGGCCCGCAUGGUCGUCACAAGCCCUGACUAUGUCAAGAGCAAAUAUAAGCUUCACAUGAUCAAGGAGAUCGAGGACAUGGUUGCCGAGGCUGUUCAGGUUAACACGCCAUUCAACAACCCUAUUACGGGCUUCUGUGCCUUCACGCACAAGGCUGGUAUUCACGCCAAGGCGAUUCUCAACAACCCUAGCACAUACGAGAUUCUCAACCCCGCAGACUUUGGCCUCACACGCUACGUCCACUUCGCCUCGCGCUUGACCGGCUGGAAUGCUGUCAAGACCCGCGUGGGACAACUCGGCCUGAUCAUGACGGAUGACCAAGUCAAGGAAGUAACUGCCAAGAUCAAGACUCUGGCCGACGUGCGGCCCAUUGCUAUUGAUGACGCCGACUCUAUCAUCCGUAGUUUCCACCUGACUCUUCAUGAGCAGCCAUCGACCAAUGGCAAGGCUGAGACAGUGCUGGUAACGAAUGAUGAGACGGUAACAAUCGCAAACGGCGCGUAAUCGGAUUUUUUCUUUUCUUAGGGUUUCUUGGUUUACGGGCGUGAUCGCAUUAUUAACCAGGCCAUAUCAUCAACCGGAGUUAAUAUAUUAUCGGGACAAA